UGAUCUGGAUGUACUGUUAAUCCACCGGGAAACCUUCCUCUCCUCCUCCUGUUCUUUUUCGCCUUCACAUUUAAAACCGACCUGGACUCUGCAAAUGAAUGAAAAACCUCUCAGAGGCAGAAGUUAGCACUUUGCUGCAGAGUUAGUCAAACAGCCUCUCUUUCUCUCUCAUCCGGCCGCAGCUCCAUUGAUGCGCCAAGAUGACGCACAUCUCCGCUCUCCUGGCUCUCACUGUAACAUCAGCUCUCCUGGGCUGCACUGCCGCGCGAGCCUCCACCCACUGCAGCUGGACCAAAGUUUCUUCCAGCGGCCAACUGCACGUCAGCUUCCUCCGGGGGGAUCCGCACGGCAGCGCCGCGGCACCGCGCCUAUACCACGGCGUCUGGUCCGGGGAGCGCGCCCUGCUCGGCUGCACCUGGAGUGAUGACGCAGCGCUGAUCCAGAGCUACCUGUCUGCGUGUCGGGGGCGCGUGCGGGAAUUUAACGACCCCGCGGAGAAAACGUUGGAUCUGGAGUCUUUGUUUGACGCGGAUCGGUGCGUCUCUCUGGCCUCUCCGAGCUUUGCUAAUCUCCCGGAGCACACAGCGGGGAGACACGUGAGGAGCCUCGGAGAUCAAGGUGAAGGUGAAAGGUCAGAGGUUAGGAUUCACGCGCGUGUAAAGCGCGGAUUUAUCGUCCCCGGGACUCUGUGGUGCGGCUCUGGCAACAAAGCGCCAUCAUACGCAGAUUUGGGUGUGUUUUCAGACACAGACAGCUGCUGCAGGGAGCAUGACCAGUGCAAACACACCAUCCUGUCCUUCCAGUCCGACUUCGGCGUCUUCAACAGCAACAUCUUUACCAUGUCCCACUGUGACUGCGAUGACAAGUUUCGCAGCUGCCUGAUGGAGGCGAAUGACAGCAUAGCUGACGUGGUGGGCUACACCUUCUUCAACCUGCUGAAGAUGCACUGCUUCACCUUUUCUCACCGACUCCAGUGCGCCGAGAGGAACUGGUUCGGAAUGUGUAAAAAGACUCAGAUGGCGCUGUACGCUGACGUCCACUCACCCACGCUGUACGAGUCCAGCGAGUCCCAAGAGGGCUGCGUCAACAGCACCUGCUCCGACGUCAACUCCACCGCAUCUGCACAACUCCAGGAAACAAACGCGUCACGUCCGCACCUGCUGUCCUCCACCGCUGCCACGGACACGGUCCCUGCAUCCUCUCCCAUUCCCUCCGUCACCGCAGCGACUGAAGCUACGAACUCCACAGACGCCGAGGCGUCAGGAUCGACUGUGCGGAGAGAUGGCCUGGGGAACGUUGUACCCUCCACGCUGGUCGCUGUGGUUGGGCAGCACAACGCCGUUACAGAGGAGGACAGGUCUUGUGUUCUGUACAAAGAACUUGAUGAGUGUAAGAACAAGAUCCUACCGCAGCAGAGGAAAUAUGGUCUCCACAACACGGAGACAGGAACGAUUUAUCACUGCAACUGCACCGCCAGACUGUUCCACUCUCUGACUCAACAGAGACAACUGAGCAAAGUGGAGACUCUUCUGAUUGGACAUGUGUCUCAGUCCUGCUUCCUGCCCCAGGACUGCGCAUCAAGCAGCAACUGCACUGCUACGGUGGUGAAAGCAGAACUUCCUCGGCUUGACCCAACGAGUGUUGAAGUGGCGGAGCAGCGCCAUCUGCAGGCAGAGAGACGGAGGGGCAGGAGGCCAGGCCCGACAAAAGCGAAGAAGAAAGACCGAGCUGUGAGACUUUACAAACUGUGUGUGAGAAUGACUCGACCCAAGCAAACCGGGAAGAACAGAAAACGAGUCCAAAGCGCAGAACAGCCUCGUAUCACAGGAACUCAGGUCAACUGAACGGCCGGUAGCAGGGAGGAAAAAAGACAUUGUGAAAUAAAUGAUUAAAAACUGUUUUAUAGGAUUUGAUUCAAACAAAGGAACACAUUUCAGCUAUUUUAAGUUCCAUUUUUGUUUCCCUCUGUGAAAGAUUAUUUGUCUUUCACAGAAGAAAGACAAAUAAGGUGGUAAUAAUGAGGUAAUUAUUUUAAUCAUUUUCUGAGAAAGUUCCAUAUUAAAAGCCAGACAGAUCAGUAACUACCUCAAGUAAAGACUAGGCUUUACAUUUCUUCCUUUGUUUAUAGAACUGAGGGGGAAAAACGUUCAGAAUUCAGCCAAAUUAAGUUUUAGUUGCUUAUACAAAUCAACCCUUAGCAAAUCAUUAUUAUUCUUAUUUCAGCGAUAAUAAAUAAGAUUUUCAGUUGAAACAUUAAAUAAAACAGUUGAACAUGGGAAAACUUUCAGACAUAAUUUCCAAGGCAACGCUGUUAAAUAAUGAGUGCAAAAGCAGAGUUCAUCCUUCUGGAAAUGCAUGCUGUGUUGCCUCAUGACCACGAGGGGGCGGUGGUUUCCAAACUUUGAAACCACAAUCUUUAAUCGGCUCUUAGACUGACAACAAAACAAGUAAUUUUUUCUUCUAUUCUGUUCAAUAACCAAAAUUUGCCCCCAAGCAAUGUAUUUUAGUAAGAAAAAAAUGAUAAAGAAAUAAAAUAAAAAAUCAGGAUACAAAGAUUUUCACAAUAAAGGUUGAAUUUAAUUUUUUUUUUCUCAACAUUUCUGAGAUGAUAAAAGGCAGAUAUUUAUUUCACAAUGUCUUAUGUUAAGUUAUGGAAACUUCUUUGGGACCCUAUUAAAUAUUGCACUAUUAUAUAUUUAUUUGAUCAACCUUUGAGUCACUGUGGAGCUUAAGCCAAACUCCUUCUGGAAUCUGGUAAAUGUAGUUCUUUAGUGAAAUGUAGCAGAAUUUAUUUCUAAGACGAAAACUGAGCCUGAGGAUGGUUCACGUCUUUACUGCUGUACUUCCUAUAAUGUGUUCAUCUCCUCCAGAUCUGGUGUCUGUUUCUCUCCCUAGUUGAUACGAAAAUGUUAAAAAAUGACAGCGGCUUCAAAAAUGUUCACACUCCUGUUACAACGCCACCAUCAUAAAUCCUUUCAAAGGUUUUUCAGAUAAUGUGACCUUUAUUAAGUGGAGUUCAACUGAAAAACAAACAAAUGUGUCAGAAAGAAGGAAAAAAAAUCAGACUUAUUUGAUUAUGAGGGCAAUUUUAGCUCUGGACUUUGACUAGGCCAUCCCGGAACUUUAAUAUUCCCCUAAUAAAGUAUUUAUUUUUCUCCAGCUUCAUCCAUCUUGAUUGUAUUUAAAGUAAAGUAACCCCAGAGCAUGAUCCUGCCACUACCAUCCUUUGCUGUCAAAAUAACGAUUACGAAUGAAUAACUUUUCUCCAAAAAGCUGCACAGGAUAAAUGUCGCAUGAUAUGCGGGGAAAAAAAGUUAUGUUCUCUUUUUACAAAAAAAAAAAAAAAUCUGGUGUGAAGACGUUUGAUAGCCGCUGUCUGUAGCCCAGCUCCUAGAAGCGCACGUUGAAGUUGUAUUUGUACAGAAUUUUUGUGAAAGCCUUUGUAAAUUUUGGUUGCCGUUGCAAUGAACUGGAAAUCAUUUGUAAAUACUUGUACAUGAGAAGCACUCAUAAAAGUUGAGAUUGA